CCUCCCAUCAACAUUCUGCCAUCUCUCUCUCGUCUGAUGAAGUCAGCCAUCGGAGAAGGGAUGAAACGCAAAGACCACUUGGAUGUCUCCAACCAGCUGUUUGUGUGUUAUGUGAUAGGUAAGGAUGUGCAGGCGAUGAAGGCUGUGGUGGGAGAGGAGGCUCUCACGCCUGAUGAUCUGCUCUACCUGGAGUUCCUACAGAAGCUUGAAAAGAACUUCAUCGCCCAGGGAGCCUAUGAGAACAGGACUGUGUUUGAGACGCUGGACAUCAGCUGGCAGCUGAUGAGAAUCUUCCCCAAAGAGAUGCUGAAGAGAAUCCCUCAGAGCAUCCUGGCAGAGCUCUACCCCCGCUUGAAGUAA